AAACUCAUAUUAAGGGUGCUGUUCAUCAACUUAAUAUAUUCAGCAUUUUUAGCAAAAAUUUAGUCAAUCAAUUAUUUCUAGAGUGGAAAGUUAGAAGUUAUGGAUAUGGAAGUUAAGGAAUUAAAAAGACCAAGUAGUUUCUCAAACAAGAGUGGUAAACGGCCUCAAGUUUCAAAAAGAUACAGCCGAGAACGAUGCUAUAGCUUUGGCUCUCGACCUUCGAUUGAAAAAUUAAGAGACAAUUUCGUGGAUCAACCAAAAAUGUCUUUUAGGGUGGUUCGUAGUUCAAAAUUUCGCCACGUUUACGGGCAGGCGUUAAAAAGGGAACAGUGUUACGAUAAUAUAAGAGUGUCAAAGAGUUCCUGGGACUCUACGUUUUGUGCUGUAAAUCCCAAGUUUUUGGCCAUCAUCGUAGAGUCAGCUGGUGGAGGUGCCUUCAUUGUUUUACCUCACAAUAAGGUGGGCCGCAUCCCGGCUGAUCAUCCACUAGUGGGCGGACACAAGGGUCCGGUGCUGGACAUCGCGUGGUGCCCACACAAUGACAACGUCAUCGCUAGCGGCUCUGAAGACUGUGUCGUAAAGGUAUGGCAAAUCCCUGAUGGUGGAAUAUCAAGAACGUUAACGGAACCAGUAGUAGAUCUCGUAUACCACCAACGUCGAGUGGGCCUCGUGUUAUGGCAUCCCACCGCUCAGAACGUGCUACUCACCGCUGGAUCAGACAACCAGAUUGCGAUAUGGAAUGUUGGUACUGGAGAGGUGCUAAUCAGUUUGGAUUGUCACCCGGACCUCAUUUAUUCAGCUUGCUGGAACUGGACCGGGUCGAAGCUAGUUACAACGUGCCGUGAUAAGAAGAUCAGGAUAAUAGACCCAAGAAAGGGCGAGGUAGAGUCGGAAGCGAUAGCUCACGAAGGCAGCAAAGCCUCCAGAGCUAUAUUCCUGAAACAUGGCCUUGUGUUCACGACUGGUUUCAGCCGAAUGUCGGAGCGUCAAUACACACUUCGUACCCCGGAUGCGCUCAAUGAGCCCAUAGUGACUGUAGAGAUUGAUACUAGCAAUGGAGUCAUGUUUCCACUGUAUGACCCUGACACUAACCUCAUCUAUUUGUGUGGAAAAGGAGAUUCUGUUAUCAGAUACUUUGAGGUGACACCAGAACCACCGUUCGUACAUUACAUCAAUACGUUCCAAACGCCAGAUCCGCAAAGAGGUAUCGGUAUGAUGCCCAAACGUGGAUGUGAUGUCGCUACCUGCGAAAUUUCUAAGUUCUACAGGCUCAAUAAUUCCGGGCUGUGCCAGGUGGUAUCGAUGACGGUGCCUCGUAAAUCGGAGCUGUUCCAAGAAGACCUCUACCCCGACACGUUGUCUGAUGAAGCCAGCCUCACGGCUGACGAGUGGCUCUCAGGAGAAGAUGCAGAGCCAUGUACCAUGUCUUUGAAGGAACGAGCGCUUGUCGUCCAGGGAGGAUACGUGAGUGGUCGAGCACAACAGCUUACUGUUACUAAAAGAACAAACGCCCUUGCCACUGGAAAGGACAGAGAGAAAGAAAAGGAGAGAGAAAGAGAGAGGAGAAGAGAUGAAGAAGACAAGGAUAAUAGAUCACCGACACCGCGAGUGGAUAGUCACGCUGGAACGCCUGCGUCGGCUACGCCGCCGCCUACUUUGAAUCCUCUUGUUGAAAAGCAACUAUCCGACUUCGCCGACGAGAUACGUAAACUGAAAUCGGUGGUCGUUAAACAGGAAAACCGUAUUCGUGCGCUGGAAGCGACGGUAAAAUCUUUAAUACCACCCAUACCUUCUCCGGCCCCUGAUCAGCCAGACCAUAAUCACGAAGAGAAUAUGGCGCCCGACGAAGUGUGAGUGACACCGGUUAGACAUAUGUGUCAACUUUGACAGAUGUCAGUUGUCAACACGCAACAUUUGUCAAGCUGUAUUUCAAGACGCGAUUUUAUAGAUUAAGCCUAGUGCUAAUAAUUAUAAGCUUAAUCCAAAAUCUUAUGAUAAUAAAAAAAUACCGUGCAUUUGUGACUAAGAGUUUUUAGGAAUUUAUUUUUAGUUAUGAGAUAAAUCAGAAGAUAAGAUUUGGUUGGCUUUCCAAUAUCGCGUCUUGAGAUAUUUUAAUUUUGUUGUAAGUAAAUAAAGGAGGGAUUUGUAUUAAUUGUAUCAAAUCUCAUAAAUUGGCGCUAACUUGGUCGCUAAUGGUGAAUUUAAUAAUAAAAUAUUCUAAAUUAAUGUAAUCACAAAGUGGCUCAGUUAUUCGUUCGAGCUAGGUUUUUUGAAUGCGAAAAGCAUAGACAAUUCUGUCUUAUCAGACGAAAAAGUUUCAAAUUUCAUGACACAGAUUAUUGAAUCCUAUAGUAUAUUUAAUGUUGCUACAUUAAAUUGCCUCUUAAGACAAAAUGUCUUCAGUACUUCGAUAACGGCUGUUUUAAUUUUGCGUCAUUUGACUAAUCAUUUAUAUGUGUAAAUCUUUUCUAAUGAUUUCUAAAAAUAUAUGGUUUAUAGUUAAGUUUCAAACGACAAAGAGUUAUGGUAAAGCUUUAUUUCUUCGCUAAAUUUUCAAUAAUAAUAGUACCACGAUAUAAACGAAGGCUAUUGAUAUAUUUUCAAUUGCUUAGUCUUUUUAUAAUGCUUUCUUUUUAAUAUUAAUAUCUUUUCAAAUUUAUAGGAUAUAAGCUAAAAGAUUUUUAAUGUGCCUUAAUAUUAUAAUUUUUCAGUCACAAAAAUUAGGAAUCAUUGAAAUAAGUAUUUGCUGCCACUUUAACUCAGGCUACACUAAUAAAUAAAGUAAUUAAAAUUAUUAAAUAUACUUUUUACCGUCAUCGGUGUUUUGACAGCUAGUCAUGUCAUUGUGACACGUGACACUUUAAUGUUGAUGGGUGACCAUUUAAGAUCUACUAAUGAAAAUCGUUAUAAAAUAUGAUCACCCAUUUGUGUUGUCAUCGGCGACAGCAUAGUAUUAUAGUCUAAAUUAAAUAGUAUUAUAACUGAUUAUUUUUUUUACUUUGUAAGAUGGCGUAAUUUAGAUGUUCUAUUUUAAGAUCAUGACAUGGCAAAGUAUGGUAUAGAUUAUAUGAAAUGCUUGUUUUUAAGUAUAAGGUUAUUAUUUGUGUAAAUUAUUAUAUGUCGUACCUCGUAUGUGAAGCUACAGUUUUCAAUUAUAUUUUUUUGUAUUAUUUUGUUUUUAUAGCUUUUAAUUGUGUAAACGCAGGAAUUAUCGAGCUUUGUGUACUUAUUGUAAAUUAUAUAAUUGCUUGUUGUGCCGGACCGCAUGAUUGCAGGAUCAUAAUAACAUGUCCACCCCUUGCAUUAUAAAUCCAUAUUAAACACUAUUGCUAGGGAGAGAUAGCUAGUAUUUUCGUAGCUGAGGUAACACAUUUAAAAUUAAUCCACUGGAAUUUAUGAAUUGUGCCAAAUUAUUAAAAGCUUAUUAUCUAAUUAAUGGGGCUUAUCGCUUUUUAUAAUAACGUCUUUCCUGAGAAUGUGUAAAUAAGAACCGAUUUAUAGAAAAAUACUAAGAUUUAAAAUGAAAAUAGUAAAAUAAAACGCACAAUAAAAAAAUGAAUUUACUAUGAGGUGCCAAAAGAUGUUGAAAUAUACCUCUGUUAAAUCGUCUUAAGUUGAAUAAGGGUGCAUAAGCCUUAGGGUUGCCAGUAUUUUAGGUCUUCCCCUCCAUGUUAAUAAUAUCUGAUUGUAAAAUAAUAUUAAGUCAUGUAAAUACAAUCCUAUGCCGAUUUUAAUACUUUUUAAAAAUGUUUAAUUUUAUAUUUCCUCAUAAUGUAAGUAGUUAAAAUAAAAAUUAAUGUUUUAUAGUUAUGACCUUAUUCAAUGUUCUUGAUUCAUUGUCGUUUUCUAAAAUGUGGACCAUUGACAUUUUUAAUUGUUUCAUGUACUGGCCACUACAUUGGCUGAUUGAAUGUAUCAUGACAUUUUACAAAAUAUGAUAAUAGCUAAGUUUAGCAUCCAAUUAGCCUUUAUAAGGGCCACAUAAGCAUUUGUUAAAUGGCAAUACUGGUGCUAAUUGUUAUUGACAUGCUAUUAAUUUUCAACAUAAUGUUUCUGUAUUAUUGUGAAUUAACUUUAACUUUGUAUUGCCAUUUUUAAUAACUUUGUCUUAUUGAUUGUACUUGAAAGAAAUGUUAAUAUUAUUAUAGUGUAAAUGAUAGCAUUAUAUUCAUUACAUUUAAAUAUGUCAGACCAAUUCGAAAUGAUGUGCCUUGUUGGUUUAGGUAAAUACUCAAAAUGUUGCAGUUGUGUAAGUUGAGCUGAAAUAAAUGUCUAUUUUACUAUUUUCA